AUGAUCCAGCUUGAGUGAUGUCUACAGGCAUUGGAAAUGUUGGAAUUGAGAAGAGAUGCAAAGACGUUCCGCUUCUUCUCCUUCGAUCAUCGGGAUCUCUUGGUGGGGAAGAUCUUCCAAGUUCGCACUCCCAGUGCUCCCAGUACCCUCACCGAAGGCCUUGCGGGGCUCCGUCAGCUGCAGGGCGAAGCUGCGGCCGCGCGGCAGCUCCUUCAGCAGCUUGGCCACCUCGUAGUGCCGGGCGCCCACCAGGCUGCGCCCGUCGAUGGCCUCGAUCAUGUCCCCGACGCUGAUCACGGGGAUCCGGUCGAUGACGCUGCCCUCCCGGAUCCGCUGAGGGACACGGUCUCCUCAGUCCCCCGGGAUGCCCCCCCGCCCCCGGGGCUCCCCCAGGCCCACCUCAGCGGGGGGGAUGCGGAAGGCCUGGGCGAUCUUCCCGUAGAGCUCCCGCACGUUGCUGAACCCCUCGACGCGGCCCGUGGGGCUCCCGUGCGCCAGUUGCGCUGUGGGAAGCUCACGGGGGUCAGUCACCCCAUCACCAUCCGGGCCUCGGGGUCCCGCUUCGGCUCCUGGAUGACGGACACGAUGACGCCCAGCGCCGACAGCCGGGUCUGGUACAUGGACGGUUACUACAAAGGUCGUCGCGUCUUGGAGUUCCGGACCUUGAACGACUUCGUGUCGGGUCAGAACUUUGUCCAACACCUCCUGCCCCACCCUUGGGCUGGCACCGGCCACGUGGUCUUCAAUGGGUCCCUCUACUACAACAAAUACCAGAGCAACGUGGCCGUCAAGUACCACUUCAGGUCCAGGAGCGUCUUGGUCCAACGGAGCUUGGCGGGCGCCGGGUACAACAACACCUUCCCCUACUCCUGGGGUGGCUUCUCCGACAUCGACUUCAUGGUGGACGAGAGCGGCUUGUGGGUGGUCUACACCACCAACCAGAACGCUGGCAACAUCGUGGUGAGCCGGGUGGACCCUCAGACCUUGGAGGUCCUGAGGAGCUGGGACACGGGUUACCCCAAGAGAAGCGCUGGGGAGUCCUUCAUGAUCUGCGGGACCCUCUACGUGACCAACUCCCACCUGGCUGGGGCCAAGAUCUACUUUGCCUACUACACCAACACCUCCAGCUACGAGUACACGGACAUUCCCUUCCACAACCAGUAUUCCCACAUCUCCAUGCUGGACUACAACCCCCGGGAGAGGGUUCUCUACACCUGGAACAACGGUCACCAGGUCAUCUACAACGUCACCCUCUUCCACGUCAUAAAGACCUCGGGGGAGAUGUGACCUCACGUUGGGACUCCUCCUGCUUUUCUUUUUUUUUGUUGUUGGCCUCCAGAGGAUGGAACCUUCUUCCUCCUCUUCCUCCUCUUUGGUUGCUCUUGGUGGUUUCACCCCAUGGUUGGUGGCGCAUGGAGCUUCUGCCUUCAUUGGAGGUGACCUUGGUUGGGUUCCCUUCAUCUCCUUUGUCGAUUUACGUUCUUGGUUUGGAUGGCAAAUAAAGACCCCAAAUGAUCUCUCGGA